UCCAGCUAGCGUCAAGUUGCAGUUGCACAUAGUUCAUGUAGUUCAUUGUAGUUAAGGCAAGGUACGGUGCAGGCAUCGCAGGCACAGUUCGCACUCACUCACUGAAUUGUUGUGUGGUAUUUCAGGACACAAUGGGAACAACAGACAGCAAAGCUGACCAUGACACCACCCACCUUCAAGGCACCCAAGACAAACCCACAGAUGAAGCUGAUGGCAACCACACCCCGCUCAGUAACCGGCGCCUCGUCAAACUCAGGGAUCCCCGCUCACCCACCGAUGAAGUCCAACGGACCCCCAUCAUUGUGCCCAAGCCGGGCGAGGUCGAUGACAGCUUUGAGGACCCACGUUCACCGACGACAAAGAUUGCCCGGACGCCGAUACCUGAGACAGACCCGCGAUCCCCCACGGAGGGUGUGUCCAGAACCCCCUGCCCCUUCACCUACCCAGACCCCAGGUCACCCACCGUUAAUGUACCCCGGACUCCAAUGGUCAAAGAAUCUGAGCCAGAUAAAUUUCAAAUGCCUUCUGUUGGCAAACAUGAAAGCAUAGCCGAAGAGGGGGGAGAUGAUGACGUGCAAAAUGUCUCCAACAACAACAGCAGCGAUACAGCUCUGUUAAUCCACCGAUCUCACACAAGCGAAGAGCCUGAAGCCGCCAGCGUAGCAUCAGGGACACACAAGCCGUCCAGGGAGAACAUGCCAGACACUGGACACACUGAUGAAGGUGACUGUCAGAAGGCCAGCCUAAUUGCCUCUGAGAAAGGACCAUCCAAAAAAACAAGGAGACCCAGCUUGACAAAAUCUAUCAAGGCCAAGAUUAAUGGUACUCUGCCUGCACCGCCUCGCUCCCCACUAUCUACCCGCAACCUAGACAAGGACGCCCCCACAGUCCAAGUACGAAUGGGAGACAGCGCCAUCACAUACAACAAGAUGGGAUCGCGACGGAGACAGGCUAGCGGCACACCCACCCGACUUGUGGGCAAGUAUGAGCCAAUGAUUGACAAGGAGAACUUCUAGCAAGCAGUGAGAAAAUUCAAUGUACAUUCAUGGAUGGACCUGGUACAUCUUUCCUGUGUCUCGCCGGCAUAAUUGUCUUACCUACUGAAUAAAUGAACAACUGAAGUGAAUAUUUGAAAUGGUGUCUUGCAUAACGGAAGGAAAAUUACACUGCCAGAGAGACUUUUUUUUUUUUCAAUUUUACUUUUGAAAUAACAACAUUUGUACAUAGUAUUCCUAACCAAUUUAGUUAAAGUUUUUUUGUUUGCACACAUGCAAUGAUGUAUCCCCCCCCCCCUCUUUUUUUGACUAGAUUGUUAGUUUUGAUUUCAGAAGAUUCAUUUUUGAGUAGCCAUUGUAAAAAGAUUUAAUAUGUAGCAUGUUUGCAUCAGAACAUCCCUUUUGCAUUUGUUUUGUAAGGUGUUCAUUUACUUAGACAACAAUUUGAACUAUCCACUGCAUUUUACCCAUUCAGUAGAUUCAUACAAGUUCAUUUGCAGUGGGAUUCUUUUCAGAUGCGUGGUGGCAGCAAACACACUGGUCCUUUUCAAUGUUUGCGUCACAUUGAACGUAACGUGCGCAUGCUCAAAAUGACGUAGAAAAGGACAUUGCGUUUGCUGCCACCACAGUCUCAAAAGUCUCCCAUUCACUACAAACAAUCCCACAUAGCUACUGACAAUAACUACAUGGUGUACUUAGAGUGAAUGUAUUUCUAGUUCCAAACACCUUGUGAAAUGAUUCAAUGAUUCGUGUGCUACAUUUGUACCUCAUCUCACACCAAACUAAUAGACAGAAUUUUCAUGAAAUUUUUAUGUUAACCUUUGAAUGGCAUUAUUGCAAUUGAGUGAACUAAAAGUGAUACAUGUAUAUAUGCAUAUUAGGCCUAGAUGCAGUUGUUCCAUGGAUGUGCUUAGAGGGAACUGCGUCCUGGAAUGAGCCCAAUUGGACUACAAAACCCGCUUUGAACAAAAAGCUGUUAAUCAGAAAUAACAUUUAAAAGUACGAUAUAAAUAUCCACAAUCCACACAACUACAUAAUGUAACUCCUUCUUCGGACGUGUGCUGUGUGUAAUUUUAUGUGACAUACAUGUACACAACGUGUAUCGUACAUUGAAAGGACAGGAAAAACUGUACGCGUACUCCAUCAUGCCCGAUGUAAACAACCGGGUUUUUUUCCUCUUUUCUUGGGAACGGUAAGACAUUAGGUUGGUUAACUUUCAACCAGAUGUUUCAGAUAGGAUAAGUAAAUAAUCCAACACAUAAAAAUUUUGUAGAUUUCAGGACGCAGUGCCCCUUUAAUGUCACUGUACAUGUAAAUGUGACGUCACAAAGCUAGGUCUAGCCUGUCUAUUGUUCAAAAGGCGGAUGAAAUCAAUGCACAUCAUAAACAAACUUGAUUUAACAAACUUGGCUUCUGAGUCUGAUUAGCCCCCCUUGAACAAAGAGAUUGACUAAUUGGGGAACCGAGGGCGGGAUAGCUCAGUUGGUAAGAGCACCGGAACGGCAAUCCGGAGGUCGCAGGUUCAAGCCCCGCUCCAGGCAUUUCUUUUAAGUUGAUUAAUACAUGUACUUGAUAGGUGUAACUUGUAACACUCGGCUCUCAUGUAAUAUAGUGUAAAUUUGUUAUUCCCAGCACUGAUAUAUGUACAUAUUUUCAUAUGAAACCUUGGCUAGCCUCACAAAGAGACUCUAUGCACAUAAGUGAAUUGGAAAGUUCGAUGUAACGAAGCAGUUUCAAAAUCACGUUGAUUUUCCACCGAGAAUGUUGACUGCAGUGCCUUGCAUAAUCUUGUGUGUGUUUUGAAACAGUAUGAUUCAGUUAUUAUUGGAAAAGUAAAAAUCAAGGAACACAAGUUGAGUUUUAUAGUGCUUUUCUUCAUUCAGAACGAAGGGCUGAUACAUGUAUGUCAACAUUUUGUAAAUUUUCAAAUCGUUAUGAUUAUUAUUUUUGCAAUUUGUUACCGUAAAGAAUAUUUUACCAUGUUUACAGGCUGUGCUUCCUGCCAUGAAAAAGAAAAUCAAGAAUUUUAAAGUUACUUUUUUGUUUAUUUAAAAACUAAUACAAUCAGGGAAAUGUACACAGGGAAAAGUAUGUUUUGUAUUAAAGUUAAGUGGUGACUUUUGUGAGUGUGAAUAUAACAUUCCUGCCCCUUGCACUUGGUGAAAGAAUUGAAGAGUUUCCAAAACGUGAUAUAUUCAUGUAAAAAAGUGCAAAAGUUGCAUAGUU